AUGAACGCUGCUUUCCAAGAUGGCGACGGAGGGAGGAGGGAAGGAGAUGAACGAGAUUAAGACCCAAUUCACCACCCGGGAAGGUCUGUACAAGCUGCUGCCGCACUCGGAGUACAGCCGGCCCAACCGGGUGCCCUUCAACUCGCAGGGAUCCAACCCUGUCCGCGUCUCCUUCGUAAACCUCAACGACCAGUCUGGCAACGGCGACCGCCUCUGCUUCAAUGUGGGCCGGGAGCUCUACUUCUAUAUCUACAAGGGGGUCCGCAAGGCUGCUGACUUGAGUAAACCAAUAGAUAAAAGGAUAUACAAAGGAACACAGCCUACUUGUCAUGACUUCAACCACCUAACAGCCACAGCAGAAAGUGUCUCGCUCCUAGUGGGCUUUUCCGCAGGCCAAGUCCAGCUUAUAGACCCAAUCAAAAAAGAAACUAGCAAACUAUUUAAUGAGGAAAACUCUUGUCAGCACUUGUGGAAGGUGGAUUGGAAUGAAGAAAGAGAGAAUGAAGGUAGCAAGACCAGUGAGGAGACUCUAGUAACUGUCCAGAGACUAAUAGACAAGUCACGAGUAACCUGUGUCAAAUGGGUUCCCGGUUCGGAAAGCCUUUUCCUAGUAGCCCAUUCGAGUGGGAACAUGUACUUGUAUAAUGUGGAGCACACUUGUGGCACCACAGCCCCCCACUACCAGCUUCUGAAGCAGGGAGAGAGCUUUGCUGUGCACACUUGCAAGAGCAAAUCCACGAGGAACCCUCUCCUCAAGUGGACGGUGGGCGAGGGGGCCCUCAACGAGUUUGCUUUCUCCCCAGAUGGCAAGUUCUUAGCCUGCGUGAGCCAGGACGGGUUUCUGCGGGUGUUCAACUUUGACUCGGUGGAGCUGCAUGGUACGAUGAAAAGCUACUUUGGGGGCUUGCUGUGUGUGUGCUGGAGCCCUGAUGGCAAGUACAUUGUGACAGGUGGAGAGGACGACUUGGUGACAGUCUGGUCUUUUGUAGACUGUCGAGUAAUAGCUAGAGGCCACGGGCACAAAUCUUGGGUCAGUGUUGUGGCAUUUGAUCCCUAUACCACUAGUGUAGAAGAAAGUGACCCUAUGGAGUUCAGUGGCAGUGACGAGGACUUCCAAGACCUUCUUCAUUUUGGCAGAGAUCGAGCAAAUAGUACGCAGUCCAGGCUGUCCAAACGGAACUCUACAGACAGCCGCCCUGUAAGUGUCACAUAUCGGUUUGGUUCGGUGGGCCAGGACACACAGCUCUGUUUGUGGGACCUUACAGAAGACAUCCUUUUCCCUCACCAACCUCUCUCAAGAGCAAGGACACACACAAAUGUCAUGAAUGCCACGAGUCCUCCAGCUGGAAGCAAUGGGAACAGUGUCACAACGCCCGGGAACUCUGUGCCCCCUCCUCUGCCACGGUCUAAUAGCCUUCCACAUUCAACAGUCUCAAAUGCUGGCAGCAAAAGCAGUGUCAUGGAUGGGGCCAUUGCUUCUGGGGUCAGCAAAUUUGCAACUCUCUCACUACACGACCGGAAGGAGAGGCACCAUGAGAAAGAUCACAAGCGAAACCAUAGCAUGGGACACAUUUCUAGCAAGAGCAGUGACAAACUGAAUUUAGUUACUAAAACCAAAAUGGACCCCGCUAAAACUUUGGGAACACCCCUGUGUCCUCGAAUGGAAGAUGUUCCUUUGUUAGAGCCACUGAUCUGUAAAAAGAUAGCACAUGAAAGACUGACUGUAUUAAUUUUUCUUGAAGACUGUAUAGUCACUGCUUGUCAGGAGGGAUUUAUUUGCACAUGGGGAAGGCCUGGUAAAGUGCCAGCAGAGCACUUCUGCAGGCAGGAGGACAGAGUGCAAGGUGUUCUCCAAGACCAGAACUAAAGGUGCCCGACAGCUCGACGAGAAGAGGGCACAGGAGAGGGGUGGGUGGGCUCUCCUCCUCCUUGGAUGUGCUUCUGAGUAGUGGCUCCUACAGACCUGGGGCGGGCACCGGGAGGGCCAGUCGCGGAGCUUCCUGACCUCAGAUGUGUAAGGUGCAAUGCCACGCAGCUCCCACAGUAGCCACUAAGAAGUUUGGGGAGCAUUUUUGUAGGU